CGCUCGCUCUCUCGUUAAUCACAAUUUCUUACACUUGACCAUUCCACCUCCUCCAUACUCCGUACAAUAUCCUCGUAUUACCCGUUCUUCCUCACUCUUCCAAUAUUCUCGCCCUGACUCUUCCUCUUCCUCUUCUCUAAUUGAAUCCGUCGCACAGAGGCCGCUACUAUUUCCAGCAUAGUGCCGGCACGUCUGGGGUUCAUCGGCAGAGCAGGAUCUAGCUGUUGGCAAAAAUCGCCAAUACCUGGCCUGCGUCUUCCUCUUCUUCCUACUCCUCCUCCUCAUACAUUACUACCACCCGAGACUUCCCACCAUACAUCACGACUGUUGUCUCUGUUUCUGCUCGUCUCUACAUAUUCUUUGUUACUUCCCGCCAUCAAACAGCAUUCACCUUCCUUGACCUCACUUCCUCGACGGUACCACCGGGUACAAUACAGUUUUCAUCAAACCCACCUGAAACUAUCUUUGCGUUCUUGACUCACGACACUUUGAUCGGCCUUGCAUAAAACCCGGCUUUGAGCAGCUUUGAUUUGCUUUCCAUACCUUUCACCCUUCCAACACCGUGGAAUCGUCGCACUGCGCUUGGACAACCCGCCGUGUUCCUACCUGCACACCACAUAUUGACCCGCCUCGCACGACUUUGUGUCUCGGAGAAACUAUGUACUAGAAGCUGUUCAACUGCUACUGUACUUGAUUAUAUCCGACUCUCCUUGGUGUUCGAAGUGGCCAUUUCUAUACCAUGGAUGCCCACGGAAGCUUCGUCUACCUGGUUGAGAACAUACCAGUCUGGAAGACGAGCGCUGAGUCGAUCGCAACGCGUGCCUCCAGAAAGCACGCCGAGUUCGCUGCCGAAUUUGCUCGACUAGUGCACCAGACGAAGCCACAGCGAAAGAAGACGGCCUCAGUUGCCUCGAUUCGAACCGAUGAGGAGGAAGACACCAACGAAGAGCUUUCGUUGCCUCCACAGAUAAAUAUCAAUCCUCUUGAAGCCGGCAAUAGAUAUCUUUACGCCCAAGCAAAUAAGAAACGAAAGGCGGGAACUUCUGUCCGCUCUAAUGCGUCGGGUUCUCAACAAUUCCGAAACAAGAACCGAGUGGUGAUCUAUUAUGAUGGCGAUAUACAAUCACAACUCACAUCCUUGGUCAAGGACAUUGGUAUUGGGCGAAACAACCUGCGUAAAGGCAGAAACUCGCUCACUGUGGAGCGGGGGUUUCGACUUCCGCCCCUUAGAGCAGCCCAAGAAACACCUUCCGUGGACAAUUUAAGAAGUACGACAACCAUCAUGUCCGGGAAAAAAGCCGUCGAGCCGCUGGUCCUCAAGGUCACUGACCCCAACGAAGCCGGCUUCCUUCAAGUGGACAAAGAGCUUGAGUCCAUCCAAACUCUAUGCGAAACUGCUGCGCACCAAAUCCUCCGUGAUGGAGAUUGUACCAUCGAAUUGGACAAGAUCUUAUCCAAGAUAGAAGCCGUGUGGCAGCAAGCAGCCGAUACGGCCGCUUCAUUAAAGAUGCUGAAGCAGGAGCAGCAAGAGUUUUCUUCUGACCUGGGCUCAUCAGAUGCCGAGUCUACUCCUGUAACCCCCAUCUCACCUAUGUACGGUCAUCGUCACAAGAGUUUAAAUAUGGAUCAAGGCCCUAGGGGGUUUAACACCACUCUCUGCGAUAUGAGAAGUCGUGGAGCUUUCUUGGGCACACCUGCGAUUGCGGCAGACUCGAAUGUUGGCCUUAUGGCCGACAGUAUCGAGGUUGAUGAUGCCAGCGAUCAAGACUCCGUCAAGCUGGACCUCACCCAAUUUGGUUUGGGGAGAGCAAGACGUACCCGGAUCUAAGUGGACCGAAAUCAUCUCGACCUACUCUCAUUUGUUUCAAUCUCCUUGUAUAAACUGUCGUUGGCUUUUUUUGUCGUUGCAUUUCAGCGUCUUGUCUGGUACCCGGAGCAUAUAUGCAUCAUUGAGCGGAAUUUGAUUUGAUUUCCUUUUUGUUUUCGGUCUUUUCAGAAGCAAGAGAAGAGACAGCAACAUUGUUUGACCGUCUAUGGACGAUGAAGAUGGGAAUGUGGAGGGAUACUCGUGGUGGAACAGCACGCAGGAAACGAGUGGUGCUACGACUGCCAGAUCCUAACUCUUGCCAGAGGCAGCCAUCUCGAUUUUCUGAGAAAGAUUACAGGUUCAACGAUGUGAUCUUGAGAGCAUGGGAGGUUUAUUGUGGCCACUAGGAAGCAUAGCGGCAGCGCAGAUCAACUAUGGAGAGGGUUUUUGUCUUGAGCCCCGUGUCAUAUCUGGCAUGUAUUGGCAGCUAUCGUGACCGAGUUUUGGAAAGAGGGAGAUGUGAUAUCAGAAUGUUACGGCCGCUUUGAAUAUGGGAACCACGGACUGACUCGGGCUUAGGGGAUCUUUUGAGGGGGUUUCAUCUAUGGAUAUCUAUUGUGAUUGCCUUUUAGCGAAGCGGAACAAAGAUCGGGUCGAGUCAAAUAGCUGAGCAGUGUUUUCUGAGCAAUGACAGUCCUAUUUUCC